GUGUGGUGUGGCAACAAUGUUUUAGUUUAAGUUAACGGUUUUUAUUUGUUUUUUUUUUUCAUAGUGGGGAGUUCAGGCAGCUGUUUAUUGCUUUUUAGGUUUAAUUUCAAACACUUUCGAUAUUGUUUUUGCAGGUGAUACCGGGCUCUGAUAUAAAAUGAAUUUGGGUUAAAUCCGCUAUUAUAAUAAAAAAUGGGAACGUUCCAAAGCAAAUUAGCUGACAAAUUACCAGAUGAAAUUGAUGAAAAGGGUAGUAUUCCAUCGACCCCUAUUUUAACAACAAAAUUCACAAAGGAAAAUUUGGAGUUCCGCUUAGAUCCAAGGUCGCCCAGCAAGAAUAUAUCCCGAACUCCUAUACAUGUCCUCAAUGCAGCAGCUGAAAAACUAGCCCAACUAAGCCUAAGUAAUGUUCAGUUAGAAACUCCAAUAAAACAUACCACCUUAUCACAUUUUGAUCCACGUUCACCUGCCCUUGAAUUUAAAAGAACUCCUAUUAUAUUAAGUGAUUCAUAUGAUGAAAAACCACCAACUCAUUUAAGAAACAAAAACUUAGACAAAGUACGGGCUUGUGCCAUUUCAACUACUCAGGUUGGUACACCCAGGUAUACAAAUAUUCCACCCAAAUUGUUAGAAAGCACUCCAGUCAGUCAAAAAAUGGAUAUGGGUAAAAGAAGGUCAUUUGGGGGAGUCCUUGAAACAAAUAUUGAUUUUACUGAAACUGAUUUGGACAUUGUCUUAAGGGAAAAAUAUGCAGAUCAAUUAAGGGAAGAAUUUAAAGAACAAUUUGAGCAUGUUGAAGAUCCUAGAUCACCAACAACUAAUUUUUGGCGUACCCCAAUUCAAGUUUUAAAAGACUCAGAGGAAGGCAUAGUAAAUAAGAAUGAAAAUGACAUUGACAUUUGUGGGAAUGAUUGCACUAAAAAGGUCAAGAAACAUUCAGUUUUAGAACUUAAAUUGGAAGAAUCUAUUUGUGGUGAAAUUCUUUCUCCCAUUGUUGCUUUUGAAGAAGUUGAUGAAAGUGAAAAUGCUCACCAAGAAAUUUCCAAGGAUUAUCCGAUUAACAACUUAGAAAAUAGCAUCUAUAAAUCUACUGACAAGACUGAUGAUGUUCCUACACCUGAAACUAAAUCUACCAUAGCUUCAUUGUCGCCAGAAGCAGGAAAGCUUGGUACCGUGAAUAAUACUCUUGCCCUUACCUCACCACAGGUAGAUGUGAAUAUAAAAGAAUUUGACAAAAAGUUAACAAACCUGAUAUAUGAAGAUGAAGAUUUGGUUGUUUGUCCAAGGAUAGUCAAAAUGAAAGAACAGGUUCGCACUCCACUAGGCCUCAUGAAUGCCUCAAAUAACCGCCAACAACCAAAGUUAAAGGUGAGUGACAAACCAAGAAAAUCGAAAUAUGCUGUCAGUAAAAUACCAGUCUUUAAAGAAAAAAAGAUUAAAGGUAUACAGUGUGAGAACACUCCUCCAAGGAAUAUGACAAACGCUAAGAGGUCCCAGUGGGACAUUAAAGAUGAUACACUAGUAAUUUAAUUUUAUUGUAAAAUUCAUUUAUUUUAGUUUUUUU